AUGACCGAAUUCAAUCUCGAAGGCAAGAAAGCACUCAUUACUGGAGGCGGCUCUGGUAUCAAUUUUGCUCUCGCUAAGGGCUUAUACAACCUGGGCUGCUCAGUUUUAAUAGCUGAUAUUUCUCUCCAAAAAAUCGCCAAAGAAUGGCUUCUAUCCACGGAAACAAGCCAGGCAUCACAACGAGCAUUAUUCCACGAAGCCGAUGUGACAAAUUGGGCCCACCUAGAGGAGUUAUUUGAUGUUUUCGAACGUCAGUUCAACGGCCAGGUUCCGGAUAUUGUGGUGCCCGGUGCUGGCCUGUAUGAGCCCUCCACAAACACUUUCUGGGGUGACCAGGACAGCACCAAUGGGUCGCGUUACAAAAUCUUUGAUGUGAACAUCCUGCAUCCAAUCAAGAUGACGAGAAUUGCAGUACGAAGAAUGACUCGGGCAGGGAAGAAACCCGGUGUAAUUCUUCAUCUGUCAAGUAUCGUGGCUCAAAAGCCCUCUGUGACAAAUCCACUAUACUCAGUAUCGAAGCAGGCACUCAGCCAAUUUGUAAGAUGCAUGGAGCCGCUAGAGCGUUUAGCAGGCAUUCGAGUGGUUGCUGUUGCCCCUGGUGUUGUGGAUACUCCUCUAUUCAGGGAUAGUGCUAAAGCCCGUGAGCAUAUUGACCUAGAGAAUGACUUUCUUCUUCCUCCAGAUGAGGUUGUAAAAGGGAUGAUUGCGUUGAUCACGGACUCCAAGUAUCCUUCCGGAACAGUACUUGAGGUGGCAGACAUUGGGGGCUGGCGAGAAGUGAAACUUUUGAAUGAUAGUGGGCCUCAGGGUCGAGCCUCGGCAUCGAGAGCAAAGGCAGUGGAGGCCAUAAAGCUUGUGGAGGAAGCUUUAAGAAAAGAUUUGCGAGGAUCGCGACUGUGA